AUGGACUGCUAUGUCCCGAACAACCCGCAGUUCGGCGGGUGCUGCCAUUCGCUGUGUUGCGAUCCGCUGCAGCCCUGCUCCUGUGAUCAGAUCCGGGAGCUUUCGGAACAGUGUUGUCAGCAGGAGAAUGAGAAUUGUUGUCCAGAAAAUGGUGAAGAGUUGAAUGCGCUGAGCGAAUCGAUCGCUCCGUGCGACGUCAAUCUUGGUGAUGUGAACGAGCAAAGCUGGACAGGGGAGGAGAUGGGAUCCUUCUCCCUACCUUCAUUGGAGCUGGACCCACUACCAUCGCUGUUCCCAUUCUCACCAUGCUCUGGGUACAACAGGAACACGGGAGGGGAGUGUCGGGAGAGAACAGGGGGGGAGGCGGCAGACGUCCUCCUCUCUUUGAAGCAUGCCGUUGUACAUAGCGACUGCGCGGAGGGCCACCCACAGAUGAUGGUAAACAGCGGAAGUGGGUAUCCAUACUACGAGCAUUAUGCAGCGACGCCCAUCUUUCCUACAGCCACUAUGAGCGUCAAUGUGUCUAUGAACAUGACCAUGCAUGGUUGCCAGCCAGAUCAGCUUUGCUCACAGGUACAAUGGAAUCAGAAUGCAGCGACACCAUCUGUCAACGUGGUCUACCCACCCCCACAGAACAUACCCACAUCCUAUCCAUCAGCCACGUACUCCUUCACAGCCGACUUCCGGCCUCCUAACCAGUCAGAUCCUCUAAUUACCGCAUCAUCCACAUUCAAACCCGUCCUCCAAAACACACAGAAGACCCCCAACUACAUCUUCCAGCAGAAACCCAACUUUCAGAAGAUGGGAUCCAUGCUUAAAAGAUCCCCCACCAAGAUAUACCAAGAAGGCCAAAAGGAGAGUGGGUAUUUGGUCAAUCAGAAUCAAAUGCAUCCCCAAGAAUAUGGAUACAGUCCUUGUAUCAACUCAGGGAAAGUUCAAGUCGGUGCGCUCAGCGGUUCAGAUGAAGAUGAACAGAAGCCAAACCUAUGUCGUAUAUGUGGCAAGACAUAUGCACGGCCUAGUACAUUGAAGACACAUCUGCGUACGCACUCGGGAGAGCGGCCGUACAGAUGUGCGGAUUGCAAUAAGAGUUUUUCGCAAGCAGCCAACUUGACGGCCCAUGUGAGGACGCAUACUGGCCAAAAACCAUUUAGGUGUCCAAUUUGUGAUCGGAGAUUUAGUCAGAGUUCCAGUGUCACUACACACAUGAGAACACAUUCAGGGGAAAGGCCCUAUCAAUGCCGCUCAUGUAAAAAGGCGUUCUCCGACAGCUCCACGCUGACCAAACAUCUUCGAAUCCAUUCUGGCGAAAAGCCAUACCAGUGCAAGUUGUGUUUACUUAGGUUUUCUCAAUCUGGAAAUUUAAAUAGGCACAUGCGGGUACAUGGAAACAUGUCGGGAGGGAUGCUCGGCUGA